AUGAACGCCAUACAGCAGAAAUGCCGCCCGAAGCAUCAGGUCCUGGUGCUCAAGUGCUAUCCGCGAACCACAAAGGGAGCUGUUGAUGUCAAGCCCAACAGCAGCGAGCUGAGCUAUCUACUCUACUACGCGACCAGCCGACGGUCCAAGAUCCAGAAGAUUGGCGCUUUUCUGGAGAAGAAGACGGCCAGCGAUGUCUGGCGAAUGCGCAUCGGCAAUGUGCAGGUUACUCUCGGAAUCCUCGCCGCGCUGGUCGAGAAGUCGCCCAAGGAUGCUGCCCUCAUCGCGCCGUGCAUCCUCAAGAUCCUCGACCUGAUCCUUCGAUCCAACGACAUCACCAUGAUCGAAUCCUCUCUCCCGACGUGGGAGGCCUUUUGUGAGCACCACGAUGCGUCCUCCCUCUUCGCCGACCAGGCAUACCUCAGCCACUACGUGUCUAUUGUCCGAUCCUACGCGCAGCUUGCCUCGACCCAUCACAUAACAAAGCAAAGCGCCGCGAGCCGGCCUGUUCAGAUGCGAUGGAGGAACGCUGGGCUAGGCGCCAUCAAGUGCAUAGCGAUCAGCGAUGCUAUGUCCUCCGUGAGCGGACGCCAGAUCGACGUCAUUGUGCCCAUGAUAUUGGAGAAUCUGUGGACCCAAGACGAGACACUACUCGACAUACUGCUGGACCGCGUAGAGGUGGAGGAAAAGGUCGACACGGAGAAGCUUCUGCGGCGCAGGACGAGCGUCGCCACGGUCCAAGCCCCGGAUUCAGGCGGCGACGCAAACCCGCUUGCUAUUUCAGGAACGGCCAAUGAUGUCGACAAGAUGGCCGAGGAGGACACCGGCGUCUUGGCCAUGCAGUGCCUCAAGAGCAUAUUUGUCGUGCCGUCUCGGCUGCAGAUCCAUUCGGGGACGGCCGCCCUGCUUAGAUUCAUCCUGGAGCGCGUAAAGCAGGGAGAAAAAGUCAUGACCAGCUCUGACGCCGAGAAUGGAUACGACCAGGGCUGGGCAAUCGACAUCUUCAGCAUCAUUGCCCGCUGGGCUCCCGUACAGGACCGAUAUGUCAUUCUAGUGAUGGCGCUUGACAUGCUCACCCACACCCCCAUGCGAGACGACAACCUGGACCAGCAUAUAACCCUGACGGCCAUGAUUGAGUCAUUGUUGAGGUCCGAUAUCAAUCUCAUCGGCCUGAGCGUCAUGGACGUUCUUUUUGGUCUCAUCAAGCAAAUCAAGAAGCUCUUUGCGCUGUCAAAUAUCGGAAGCCGAGCAGAGACACCUAGCGACAAGGUGGCGACCGACAGCGACGUGGACCACAGCCCCCAACAAGUGCAGCGCAGGGCGCUUCUGGGACGGCUGGAGCAGUGCAUUGGAGACCUUGCUAGCCACAUAUACUACGCCGACCAGGUCUCGGACAUGAUUGCUGCCAUGGUUGGCCGGUUAAAGCCCAGCCGGUCGUCGAGCGCUCCCUCAACGCCACAGGGCGAGAAGACGGAGGGCAACGAGCAGAGCAGCAACGCCUCGCCUCCCUCAGCUACGGCCACUGCGGAUCUGGCCGAGGGCCAGGCAUCUAACCCGGCGGAUGUCUACUUUUCCUACACAUCAGGACGCAUCUCUGCGCUCCGUAUUGUCAAAAUCAUUCUUCACGUCGCCAAUCCCAAGGCCAAGAUCAGCACCAACGCCGAUUUGAGCCGGAGCCGAGUGCCGGCUCAGGUAUGGGAAGGCACUCAAUGGCUUCUUCGCGAUCCUUCGGGUCUGGUACGGAGAGCCUACGUCGAUGCCUUGCUCACCUGGCUGGAUCUGGAGACCACUCCCGCCGAUCUGCUAGCCAGAGAUGAGGCGCUUGAACCUCACAAGUCUACAGCCGCAGGCAUUCUCGCCGCUGCCAAAAAUGCCCGCGAUCUCCCCAACAGUGCCCGGCGCGUCGUAUCCAAUGCCUCGAACAAGGACCGCCAACCCAGAACCCGGCGUUCGCAGUUCCUCGCGCAGCUUCAUCUGGCCAUCUACGACAACGCCCUUCACUUUGUCGAGUUUGACAAUGACCUUGCCUUGCUUCACUCGCUGCUGGCCAGGCUUGCGCUACGUCUUGGCGUCAAUGCCGUUAGGUACGGCGUGCCCAUGAUUUACCGCCUGCAAGAAGAAAUCCUGGCGGUCGAACAGCCCAUCCACAAGGUGCGAAUAGCCGCUGUGUGCCACGGCUAUUUCUGGAUCUUGACCGACAAAUUCGAGUUUGAAGGGUCUGCAGUAGGCCGGGCGAUUGGAAACGAAGUUGCCCGACGCAAGAACAAGGGCUUUUGGGUACCAGGCAUCCAAGUCCCGGCGCUGCCCAUCGACCAGAUUGGCCCGCUGGGACAGGCGGCGCCUCCCCCUGAGUGGGACCUCAGCCUUCUCGAGACGGAAGAGCUUCUGCCGUUUGACGAUAGAGCUUCCCUCAUCCAGUGUAUCGCUGUGGGCUAUGAAGAAAACACGUCAUGGCCACCAAACAGCCCAACCGCUUCUCCCGGCCGAAUGCUUUCCGGUCCUAUUCUCAACAUCCCAAUGAGUCACGGAACCUCGUCCACACCCGCAACUCCCGAGAGAUCGCUGGAACUCCCGAAUACAUACCGCGAACAGAUGAUGACGGAGUGGUCAAGAGAGCAAGUAGCUGCCGCCUUGGCUGCCGAGGGCAAGACGGAAUCGAUCAAUGGCUCUCGUACGGGAACUGUGGCCACCACAGGCCUCAGGAACCUGACCGUCAGCACUGCCGGUGGCAACAAUGGCUACCUGCCAUACUCGCCUUACGGCAGCCAACACAACCUGCGGCCGCAUUCCUCUCAGGCACACAUGAUGCCGGACCAAAACCAUCUCGGGGCGUCUCCCAGGUUCCGGCAAGGCAGCAUCCGAAGCGGCAUCUCACAGACGGUAUCAUCGUCGAGCAAGGCUGGUGUUGCAUCUGUGGAACAGCUCAAGCGCGUGCUCUCUGGCAACGCUUCUCCUAAUGCCUUUGGGUCUGAAGAUGAUAGCGCCGAGAGCAUGGUGAGCUAUGACUACAGUCCGUCGGAAAAGAGCUUCAGCCCGACAGGCACAGACUCGGACCGGCCAACCACCUCGGCUGACGGCUUCAGCAAGAGGUCGAGGUCUGGCAGCUCUGGUGCCCCGCUUAGCUCUGGUUCGAGGCGUGAGAGUGUACCGAAACUUCAUUUGAACGGCGAACGAGAGGAAAAUGGAGAAGUUGGAGCUGUAGUCCCCCCCGUGCCGCCGCUUCCCAACCUCAGCUCCCUUUCUGAAAAAGGAGGCAUCAUGAACGGAGGGGGCAUUGCAGUGCAAGAUUAUGGAGUGAAAGCUUACAGCAAACGCAAUAUUAGCAGCCGGGGUGGAGACAGCAUCACUGGUCGGUCUAUUCUGGGUGGCCACGAAGAUGGCGGCAGAUCGAUGGACUUGCAAGAGCUUCUGAGGGGCAUUGACAGUCGCUCUGGUGAAGGCAGCUUAGGCAACUUGACCCGGCCUCCAUACUAG